AUGAAUGCCUUGUUUUUCCUUUAAUUCCAAGGCUCUACGUUUGCCAAAGCCAAGCCUGAAAUCCCCUGGACAUCGCUGACUCGGAAGGGAAUUGUGAGAGUUGUGUUUUUUCCGUUGUUCAGCCAGUGGUGGAUACAGGUUACUUCCCAGCGUAUUUUUAUGUGGCUCCUGGUGCUCUACGUUAUGCAAGUCAUAGCAGUUGUGUUGUAUUUCAUGAUGCCGGUUGUGAAUGCAAGUGAAGUCAUGGGACCAAUGUGCCUUAUGCUGCUGAUGGGAACUGUUCACUGUCAAAUAGUGUCCACCCAGAUCAACAAACCCUCAGGAAACAACGGAGUCAGCAGGAGGAGGAGGAAGUUACGCAAGUCUGUGGGUGUCGAUGGGAACAGUUGGUCUCCUGACAAGAGCAGCAAAGAGCAGCAGUUGGAAUCCACAUCCGUUCUCAGCAGCCUCUUGAGCGCCCUGUUCCGGAGGAGGGUUAGAAGAGUAAAGUUGGUAGCUGAGAAAGGGACUGAGACAGAAAAUGGUGUGAAUGCUGUGGAUAAUGGCAUUAAACACAGACACGCCAGAUCUGACCCCAGGCUGUUGCACUUCAAAGAGAAAAGUAAACUUUCCGAUGGGGAAAAGAGCCAUCAGGAUGACUGCCCCAACAGAGGCGGUGUUUCUGAGGAGCUUUCGAGUGAGGAGGAUGCUGAAGCAACGGCCCAAAGGAUCUUGCUGCAUCAGAAUGUGGAAGGGGCUUCCAGUGACAACAGCUACGAAGAGAAGAAAAAGAGGCCUCUUGUUUCUCUGAACCAGGCUGUCUCACAGGUCAAGCAAGCCUUGAAGGGAGCCAGAGACUCCGACAGUGUCGUGGAAUCUGAGCUGGAGUCCACGUUACAUAGUCAG